AUGGUUAAAGAAAAAAGUGUGAUACGGUUUCAAUCCUUCAAUUUUAAAAGAAUAUUCUUGCUCGCUUUGGCCGUUUACAUUAUAUGGUCCAUAAAAUUAAAUUUAUCAAAUGAUGAAACUUUACUAUUAGAAAAGAUUUCAUUAAAUAAGUUGGACGAAGCUGAACCGAUUGAUCAUUAUGAAAACGUAAACAUCAAAUACUGCGGAGAAAAAAUUUGUAGAUUUAUGUUUCCAUAUUUUAUUCCUGAACAAGAGACGAGAGCAAACCUUCACCUUAGAUCUUUAACUUAUCUUGCGAGGUCACUUAAUCGUAUUAUGGUUUUGCCUAACGUUGGAAAUUCAAGGAUGAAUUGUUGUGCACCAUUUCCUUUUGAAUUUUAUUAUGAUUUAAAGGGAAUGAAAGAAAUGUUUCCAAACAUUACUUUCAUGACACAACAAACAUUUCAGAAAUGGACAAAGGAACUUUUAAUUAAACCCGAUACAUUACAUACAUGGUUCAUAGAAGAUGGUAGGAAUGAUUCCUAUUCUAUCAGAGAUCAUGAACGAAUGUCUAUUGAGAAAAGUGAACGUUAUAAAAGUAAUGCUCUUCGUGAAUUAUGCAUAAACCAAUUCAAUUUAAAUAUAUCGAAUUAUACUGAAUUUCAUACCGGAAUAAAAGGAGUUGGUUCAAAUAAUUUUCAAUAUAAUAUGGCAAAAUUCAUUGCAGAAAAUCUUCAAAAUGUAGAAUCACCCGUAAUAUUAAUUCGAAAUCGAUCUCGGAAACAAAUGUUCCCAAAAAUCAUGAAACCAAUUCCGUUUGCUCCUCACAUAAUUAAGCAAGCCACUGAAUUGAAGAAUAAAUUACAACCUUAUUAUUGUAUCCAUUGGAGAAUGGAACAAGCAAUACCAACCGAACUGCCAGAGUGUGCGAGGAAAUUAAUAAAAACCAUUGAUUAUCUUAAAAAAACGGAAGGCAUAAAUUCGGUUUAUCUUGCAACUGAUUAUCCCAUUUCGGGAAGCAAAUCGGCUUCACAAACAUUUUAUAAAGUAGAAAAAUAUCAUCAUGAAGCAAUGUUAAUUCUUAAUUCUACUAUAAACUUCAACACUUGGGUGAGUUUAAAUGCUUUUGAAGAAUUUAGAAAAGAUAAAAAAUAUGAUUCAGAAUUUAGUAGUUCAGGUAUACAUGGAAUUUUAGAUAAAAUUACAUGUAUACAAGCCGAUUACUUUCUAAGUGGACCUAGAAAUUGUUGCAGAUUACAAUCAUCAUUUACUAGUCUUAUUGGACAAGAAAGAAGAGAUUUAAUUACAAAUGGUAAUAAGAGAAUACGGAAUGUCAUUACAAGGUGGGGAACGAUGGAAAGAAUUGAUUAG